UAUUUCCAAACGUGUGCGUCAGUGCGUAUGUUUCCUAACCUCAAAAAAAAAACAACUUGUUUGCUUUGAUUUUCCUCGUGAAAAGGAGUUAAGAUUGCUCUUGUCGUCCACACUCUUUCGCGAAAGAUCGCGAGGAUUUUUAUCAAGAAAUUCUCAGGUGGAAAAUGUUGGAGAUAACGUGCAACGAUCGUCUCGGCAAGAAGGUUAGAGUGAAGUGCAAUCCGGACGACACCAUAGGAGACCUGAAGAAAUUGAUAGCCGCCCAGACUGGGACGCACUGGGAGAAGAUCGUGUUGAAGAAGUGGUACACCAUCUUCAAGGAUCAUAUAAAAUUGCAGGACUAUGAGAUACACGACGGCAUGAACUUAGAGCUCUAUUAUCAAUAAAUCUAUAUAAAAUAACAUUACAUGUAAGCGAUUUUAAUAUUAUAAUACAUCUAAUUAUAUUAAA